AGCCCCUUGAGCCUUCUUAAUACCUUGCUGGACUGCGAGGAUGCCCAGGGGCUCACGAUGGAGCACGCCAUGCUGCGAGACCUGGAGGAGUCCUUGCAGAAAGAGGCAGGAGAGGAGGAGGAUGGGAAGCCCAGCGUUCUCGAGCAUAAGCCUGCUUCAGCCUGGACAAGCACAUUUUGGCCUGAAGACAGUGACAUUUUCYACGACGUCACCCAGAGAAACCAGAGGCUGAUACCAUUCUUGAGUCCACUUAUGGGCCCUGAGGCCAGGCCRCGCACAGUGGUGCUGCACGGUGCUGCAGGCGUUGGGAAAACYACGCAGGCCAAGAGGACUUUGCUGGACUGGUCGGAGUUCAGUCAGAGUCCUCUGCACUGCGCCUUCUACCUCAGCUGCAGGGAGCUCAACCGCAUGAUCCCAUGCACCUUCCCAGAGCUGAUCUGCAGGAACUGCCCCGAGAUGCAGGACGUCGCCCUGGAGGUCCUGACCCGAGCAGAGAACGUCCUGUUUGUGGUGGAUGGCUUCGAGGAGCUGAAGGUGCCGGCGGGGGUGCUGAUCCAUGACAUCUGUAGUGACUGGAACCAGAAGAAGCCRGUGCCCRUCCUGCUGAGCAGCUUGCUGAAGAGGAAGAUGGUGGCCAAGGCCACCCUGCUGGUCACCACGCGGCGCGAGGCCCUGCGGGAGCUUCUGCUCCUUGUGGAACAGCCGCUGCUGGUGGAGGUGGAGGGCUUCUCGGAGGCCGACAGGGAGCAGUUCUUCCUGAGACACUUUGAGGACACGGACCAGGCACUGCGAGCUCUGGACACCAUAAAGCACAGCCCAGCCCUGUUCCACCUGGGCRCUGCGCCCGCCGUGUGCCAGCUGCUCUGCRCAASUCUAAAGCUCCUGAUGGACKGYGGAGAGGACCCUGGCUUGGCUUGCCAGACCACCACAUCAYUGUUCCUGAGGUUCCUCUGUGACCAGUUCACGCCAGCGCCCAGCGGCCAUCCCCAGCACCACCUGCAACGCCCUCUGAAGGCCCUGUGUCUCCUGGCUGCUCAGGGCCUGUGGACCCAGUUGUCCCUGUUCGACACAGAAGACCUGGAGCCACUUGAGGUGGAAGAGGCUGACCUCCGUCCCUUCCUGGACAAGCAUGUCCUCCAGAGGGACAGAGACCAUGAGGACUGCUUCUCCUUCAUCCACCUCAGCAUGCAGCAGUUCCUGGCGGCCGCCUUCUACAUCCUGCGGUUCCCCGGGGACAGCAAGUGGCAGGGCUCCAUGUUGGACAUCAGGGGUGUGCGAGAGCUGUUCUCCACGGAGGCCAGAGCAAGGAAUCCCCAGCUGGCCCAGGCCAGCCGCUUCCUGUGGGGCCUCCUGAACGGGGCCAGGGCGAGGGAGCUGGAGGCCACUUUCAGCUGCCAAGUGUCCUUGGAGGCCGUGCAGGAGCUGCUGCAGCGCACGUCGGAGGAGGAGGAGCCCGUGCUGUGGGCAGUGGGCCUUCUGGAGGUCUUCCACUGCCUCUACGAGUCUCAGGACCCAGAGCUGGUGAGCAAAGCCACGGCCGCUCUGAAGGACGCAUCCCUGCACCUGACCACCAGCCAGGACCUCCUGAGCUGCUCCUUCUGCCUCCGGCACUGCCAGGACCUGCAGAGGCUCUCGCUGCGGGUGGCCAAGGGGGUGCUCCUGGAGGAGAAGAUGGCCGUGCUGGAGCCCUGCCUGCGGGGUGUGAGGUCUCGGCCAGACAGUGAGACACUCUGCCUCUGGAUGGACCUCUGCUCUGUGGUCUCUAACAAGAACCUGCGUGCCCUGGACAUCAGCGGGAGCUUCCUGAGUGAGCCAGCCGUGAGGCUUCUCUGUGACUGUAUGACCCACAUUUCCUGCCGUCUGCAGACCGUGACGGCUAGGAACGUCUUCCCUGUGACUGCUUACCAGGACUUGUGUCUGGCGCUCCUGGGCAAGAGGACCCUGACUCACCUGACGUUGGGAGGCAGCGUCCCGGAGGCAAAGAUGAUGCAGCUGCUGGGAGAGACCCUCAAACAUAAUCGGUGCCGCCUGCAGUGCCUGAGGCUGGGGCUCUGUUCUGCCCCCACCCAGCAUUGGUCAUACCUCUUCCUGACCCUCCAAGCCCCCUAUUCCCUGACAUGCCUGGACCUCUCCGACAGCGAGCUCCUGGACGAGGGGGCCAAGCUGCUGUGCGCAGGGCUGAGGUACCCCACGUGCCCCGUGCAGAGGCUGUCGUUGGAGAACUGUCAACUCACGGAAGCCUGUUGCAAGGAAGUGUCUGUCACUCUGGUCGUCAGCCAGAGACUGACACACCUGUGCCUGGCUGAGAACGACCUCGGGGACAAUGGGGUGGAGACCCUGUGUGAGGGCUUGCGCUACCCCUACUGCCAGCUGCAGGCGCUGGUGUUGCGGGACUGCAAAGUGGGGAAACGUGGAUGCAGACAACUCUCGACGCUGCUCCGGGAGAACUGCAGCCUCACACACUUGGACCUGGGCCUGAAUCCCAUAGCUGCUGGGCUGUGGUUUCUCUGUGACGCCUUGAGGAAUCCAAAUUUCCACCUAAAGUACCUAGGGCUCUGGGGAUGCUCCCUCACCCCUCUGCACUGUCAGAAGCUGGCAUCUGCCCUCAUGAGCAACCAGACGCUGGAGACUCUGGACCUGGGCCAGAACGCCUUGGGACUGAGCGGAGUGACCGUGCUCCUGGAGGCCCUGAGGGACAGCAGCGGGCCCCUGAGGACRCUCAGGUUGAAGAUGGAUGCGUGGAACGCGAAGGUCCAGGAGGUGCUGAGGGAGGUGAAGGAGAGCAACCCUGGCCUGGCCCUGGACAGUGCCGUGGGGACGAGGGCUCCCUCCUGCUGCCAGUUCUUUUUCUCCACACCCUGAGUCUCUCUCCCUCCUGGCUGUGUGUCCCAGGG